AUGUUGACAUGUGUAAAAAACUACACUUCCCCAAUGUCGUCACGUGCGCUCCCACCUCCCAUUGGCUGGCCGCUGCAGCCGCAGCCCCAGAGAAUGAAUGAAAUUGAAAUAGCUGCUACAUUACAUGUACAAUACCGGGCUCUGCAGCGUUGCAUUCUAUCAUACUACACCAAAAUGGCCACAGCGGUACAGAACCACCUCAAAUCGCAAUCUGGAGGUGCAGUCAUCAAGAACAGUCUUGGCGAAGAGUUCUACAAGGAGGCCAUUGAGCACUGUCGCAGCUACAAUGCUCGUCUAUGUGCUGAGCGGUCCAUGCGUCUCCCCUUCCUGGACUCCCAGACAGGUGUGGCCCAAAGCAACUGUUACAUCUGGAUGGAGAAGAACCACCGUGGACCAGGUCACGCGCCAGGUCAGUUGUACACAUACCCCGCACGCUGCUGGCGCAAGAAGAGGCGGCUAAACAUCCUGGAGGACCCACGGCUCGUGCCAAUUGAGUUCAAGAUUGAUUAUGAGGCCUCUCUAAAAAAGGAGGGGGGUAUUCCGGAUGGUCCUGUGUUGGAGUCACUGCUCGCUGGGGAAACUCUGGACAAGAAGGUGGAGACAAAAGAGGAAGAGCCAAUGAGCGAGUGUCAGAAACUGCUUGUUGGAGAUUUCCCUCAUGAGCUGGAGGUGGACGAGAUGGAAGAAGAUGUGCCAAAGCGCAAGAACCGGACCAAAGCACGGGCUUAUGGGGUUGGUGGCAUGAGAAAGCGCCAAGAGCCACCUGCCAUUGAAGACAGAGACAAGCCUUAUGUCUGUGACAUAUGUGGAAAGCGCUAUAAGAACCGCCCGGGCCUGAGUUAUCAUUACACUCACACACAUCUGGCAGAUGAAGAGGGCGAGGAAGACUCAGAACGACACACACUACCCUUCCAGCGCAAGAACAACCACAAGCCCAAGAAAGCGGCUGACGGCUCGGUCAUCGCCAACGGAUACUGCGACUUUUGUCUCGGCGGCUCAAAGAAGACUGGCUGUCCCGAGGACCUUAUUUCCUGUGCGGACUGUGGACGCUCAGGCCACCCGUCCUGUUUGCAGUUCACAGUGAACAUGACAGCUGCAGUGAGGACUUAUCGCUGGCAGUGCAUCGAGUGCAAGUCCUGCAGCCUGUGUGGCACCUCUGAGAACGACGAUCAGCUGUUGUUCUGCGAUGAUUGUGACAGAGGCUACCACAUGUACUGUCUGAGCCCUCCUAUGUCAGAACCACCAGAGGGGAGCUGGAGCUGUCAUCUGUGUUUGAGACAACUGAAGGAGAAGGCCUCAGCCUACAUCACCCUCACUUAAUCUGCAGAGGGACCUUCCUCCUCUCCCAAACAUUCCCUCUGUCGCCCCCUGACUGUCUGUGCGUGCCUCGGCUGUCCCUUCUCCUUGAUUUGACUCACCUUUCACAGAAACCAACGACUCUGCAUCAAUUCUAGAACGUCUCUUCGGAGGAGAACUAACCUCUAGCGUCCAUUUGUGUCACUCACACUCCUUGCUGUUGAUGGAUGACCCCGUCCAACACCAUGACACACACACACACACACACACACACCUACACACACUUUUCUCCUCCUCUGGCUCAAACAAAUUCAUCAGCCAGCAAUAGGUUUGCUCCAAAGACACACACUCCAGCCUGCCAAGGGCACUUUGGAGCAACACUACACCACUGGAGAACCUCUUAAGAGCCCUCAGAAGAGCCCUAAUGAGCUUUGGCUGCAACUCAGUCAAGUAGUGAGUGAGAAUUAACAAGAUGGAUGGGCACGAGGCAGAGGACGUGACUUGGAAGACACUGGACAACAAUGGAGCAGUAUGUUUUAGUCGUAAAAACUGUGGAAAAUAAACUUUACCCCCUAUUAAAGUUGGCAGAGUCAACUUCCUGGAUAGGCUUUUGCUGCCCCAGGCAGUUUCCAAUAAUUGUACAGAAUUCAGACUGAUUCUAAAACUCUGCUCUUGAAGAGAGCGAAGCAUUGGAGCUUAAACCACCGCACCCUGCAUGGGAUUCUCACAGACUUUGGAAUGGAUGGUGAAGGUUCUCGUGCUUGUGUGGAGGAAUCAGCUACCAUCAAAAAGACAAUUUAGGCUUUGGAUGUCCUCACUUUCCCCUCUUGGAGAUAAUGACUGUGAACACCACCAGGCGCUCGGUGUGUAUUGUCAGUGUGUUGUUGAGAAUGUAGGAUUGCUGUGUCUGGUCUUUUUCAACAUUUAGGAUUUGUUUUUCUAUCAUGAUUUUUCAUUUGCAUGUUGUAAGUUCAAGCACCUCGGGAUCUUGUUCACGAGCAGUGAAGGCUGGAGCUCGAGAUCGACAGGCGGAUCGGUGCAGCGUCUGCGGACAUGCAGUCUCUGUAACGGACCGUCGUGGUGAAGAGAGAACUGAGCUGAAAGGCAAAGCUCUCACUUUACCGGUCGAUCUGCAUUCCUACCCUCACCUUUGGGUGGUGACCAAAAGAGCAAGAUCAUGCAUACAAGCAGCUGAAAUGGGUUUCCUCUGCAGUGUGGAUGGACUCACCCAAAGAGAUGGGGUGAGGAGCUUGGCCAUCUGAGAGGAGCCAGAUUAGGUGGCUCACACAUUUAGUCCGGAUGCUUCUUGGACGCCUCCCUGGUGAGGUCCGGUCGCAAGGAGGCACCGGGGUAGACCUCGGACACGCUGGAGGGACUAUGUCUCACAGCUGGCCUGGGAACACCUCUGUGUCCCCCCAGUGGAACUGGACGAGGUGGCUGGAGACCUGGAAGUCUGGGCUUCCCGACUGACACUUCCAGCCCCGCCACCCAGACCCGGAUAAGCGCAAGGAAGUAAAUGGCUGGAUGUUGUUGUUUUGAUUUUGAUAAUGGAACUCUAAAAGAAAGCACACUUAAUUGGCAAUCAUGUGUUUGUGAUAAGAGCUGUUUUGGCCAAAUUAGGUGUGUUUUGCGUGUCUGUGCGUGUGGAUGUGACCAGUGCAGUAGCUGUAGCUAAAGCCCCACUCAGUGGGAGUUUUGUGUGUAGGAGGGAUGUCAUUUGAAUGUGAGGAAAACCAACGUUUUCCUGUUUGUGCUUUCCAGCAGUGAUGGAGAUGAGACAAAGUCAUUGCUUUUACCAGGAAACGUCACAGGUACUGUUACGACGACUGUAUAAGUACGGGCCAGUCUCCUGAAAGGGACACCAAAAGCAUGACAGAGCAAGAAAAAUUGAAAUGAGUUAUUUUCUAACCAAUCUGCAUAAUAAUCACUUGAAUAUAUAUUGCUGUUGUCUUUAUCUAUCACGAUAACGUUUUUAAACUGACCUCAAAUUGUCACAAACAUGCUCCAAAAUAGUAUUUAACUCUGUGCGAAGCUCCACACUGUGUUCUCCAGUAACAUACGGUAUUUCACCUUCCACCAUACUUCCACGAAAGCAUGAUGGAAAAAAAAACAAAAAAAACAAAAAACAGUUCCACAAAAUUGAUAAGAAAAAACUGUACACUUCCUUGAAUCGGUUUUAGUUACAUUGUGUGCGGACUAUGCGGGUUUUGUCGGAGUGUGGUCAACGUACAUGUUUUGGAUGCAGCAACAUUUGUUUGGUGCACAGUGAGGUGUCAUACUUGGGAAAUCAAAGCAUCUAAAACGUACAGUAAGUUCUACCAUUUACAGUGUUCCAUCGCGGCUCACCUUUCACGGAUUUGCUGUUUCGCGGGUUUUUUUGUGCAAUUUUAGUGGGGUUUUUGUACUUUUUUUUUUUUUUUUUUUUACUUUUUUUGACGCUAA